UUCAGCUGCAGAGGGCUGCAAAGUGUCUUAUCUAAUAUAUUUGUGCAUGGUUGGAUCCUGUAAAAAGCUGUGGUUUCUGCUAUAUUUGUUCUUUUGAGCAUAUUGUUGGAGUUAUUCAAUGUUACUGAGCGUCUGAUUUGAAUACAGACACUUACAAACAGCCGCUUCAGCCAGGUGAAUGUUGGGGGUUCGAGCUCUGUUUGGCAUUGGUCUUCUUGUGACGUCACGAGGAGGCUUCGUCCUGACACACACACGAGCAUGUUCAUCUGCUGCCUCUAACAUCUACAGUAAACACCUCACGCACAGACCCACCUGCACUAUGGCCAAUACCGGGGUCAAAUACCUGGGUCAGGAGGAGGCUCAGCAGAUUGACGAGGAGCUGUUCAGCGACUUCAGCUUCAGUGUGGAUCAGCUGAUGGAGCUGGCGGGUUUAAGCUGCGCUACUGCGGUGGCAAAGGGUUACCCUGUAACAUCACUGCUUAAGAGUCCAGCCAGGGUCCUGGUCAUCUGUGGGCCAGGAAACAACGGAGGAGACGGCCUGGUGUGUGCCAGACACCUCAAACUAUUUGGUUAUGAGCCAUCUGUAUUGUACCCGAAGCGGCCCAACAAACAGCUGUUCCAGAACCUGUCCAUCCAGUGUCAGAAGAUGGAGAUUCCCUUCCUGACGGAGAUGCCGGAGGCUGACUUGAUCGAUGAAGCGUAUAGCCUGGUUGUGGACGCCAUUUUUGGCUUCAGUUUUAAGGGUGCCGUCAGAGAGCCGUUUGGAGAAAUCCUCUCCCAGCUAAAGAAAAUCACCGUGCCCAUUGCUAGUGUGGACAUUCCUUCAGGCUGGGAUGUGGAGAAAGGAUGUCCUGACGGGAUUCAGCCUGAUAUGCUGAUCUCCCUCACAGCUCCAAAGAAAUCAGCGGCUCUCUUUAAAGGACGCUUUCAUUUUCUGGGCGGACGGUUCGUUCCUCCUGUGCUUGAACAGAAGUAUCAGCUCAAUCUGCCUCAGUACCCGGGCACAGAGUGUGUGUUUCAGCUCAACUGAACAUCUACAUAGCUGCUAGUCCAAAAAAAACAGAAAAAGCUUCUGGAAUAAAUUUGCUCUGAACACAUAUUUUGCUUUUUUAAUAAUGGGCAGAUUUGGAUUUGAUGAUUAAUGAGGUUCGAGUCAUGAAUGUCAAAUAGUUAGCAAGGUUGGUUAGAAUGUUUCAAAAGCACUAUUCUGAUUUGAUUAUAUGUGGAUUUAUAAAAACCUAAAAUAAAUAAAACAAAUUUCUUGGAA